AUGGUGCACCUCUUGGUAGGCUUUCUUCUCGGUUGGUUGCCUUUGGCAUACUUACGAGCAGUCUAUCAAACUUUCCCACCCUCAAUUGAGUACCGUUCAGGUCAAGGUGUCCACCUUGUAAUAUGUUCGGUGUCAUUUCCCAAUACAUUACUUUAUUCAAGGAAAUUCAAUCAUGCCAUAAAAAAGACUGAUCCUAGGCAAUUCGGAUAUACAAAGAUUGAGACCGGUAUGCCGUAUGUUAGCGCGUACGACUGUUAA